UGCGUUUACGUCAUUAACGCGCGCCGAGUUCAACAUGGCGGGUGUUGUUUAGUUGUUAUUGAUCUGCGGUUCCGAAUAAACCCACAAUCAUUGAAUCCGGUAGCCUUUCUCAUCUCUAUUCAACAUGAGCGAUGAGAAGCAAUCAGAGGGUCGCAAUUUCUUCAUGGGUUAUGAUGAUCUGAGCGACAGCAGCAGUGAUUCGGACAGUCAUGAGUCUGGUAAGAAGAACCAAAGCGCAUCGGAACCCUCCGGAUCAUCUGAUCCGCAAAGCCGCAAACGAGCCGCCGAACCGCUGCCGAAACCCGACGAUCUGUUCCGAUCCGUCAGUAAGCCCUCGUUCCUCUACAACCCGCUGAACAAAGUCAUCGACUGGGACAGAAGAGCCGUCAAAGCGCCAGAAGAGCCUCCAAAGGAGUUUAAGGUGUGGAAGAACAACGCCGUUCCUCCCCCACAGACGUAUGUGACGGAGGAGAAGAAGAAAGGAGCUCCUGAUGGAAUGGACAUGGCCAUCAAAUGGUCCAAUGUGUACGAGGACAACGGAGACGACGCUCCUCAGGCCCACCGCGGCCCUGCCCGAUUCCUACCAGAGGAGGAGGAGCAACAGCAGCCGCACUCUGAUGACGAUGACGCAUCAGAAAAGCAGCAAAGGUCUGCUAAGAAGCGUCGCGUGGAAACGUUUCAGCAGAAGGAAAAGAGAAAGCGGGACAUCGGACAGGCCACGUCAGAUAAGAACUUUGUGGAAGAGGAGAAGCGAAUCCUUCGCCAGUCUAUCGAGUGAAGCGUCCGUCUACCCGGUCCGUUUGUUUUAACCCCCAAAUCUUUAGCAGUCUGUGGAUGUUGAUGGGAACGCCACCACGAGUCUGGGACAUUUUAAAUUUAAUAUUCCAAUAUCACGUCCACGUAAAGGGAGAGAGUUUAGGACGAUUCCCUGCAGGUUGCUUUACUGUGUGUUUGUGUUUGGACUUACUGUAAGUAUGACUUCAGCUGUAAAUUUGCAACCUGGAAUAUUCUCCAUUGUUGUUUUGGUUUGAUGUUUCUGAUCAUUUGUAGCUUCCCAAAUGGAUAAAGUGUUUCUCUCUGAGUC